AUACAUGUUUCUGGUAAAACGCGAUUAUCUUCUUUCAAACGCACCAGCCAAACAACUGCCGAAGGAUCUCUGGGUUUUUCAUUGCCACAGACAUUACCAGUGUCUUCUUGUCGAUUGCUGGUGUAUUACAUGAGGAAAGAUGGUGAAGUUGUACCUGACUCUAUAAGCCUYAAAGUUCAAGGAAAACUAAGAAACCAGGUUGUAGUAAGAUUUAACAACAAACAUCGUAAGCCAGGAGAAAGGGUUCAAAUCACAUUAAAAGCUGCCCCAGGAUCCACCGUGGUGUUGAGUGCUAUUGAUAAACGCUUAAGACAAGAAACUUACGAUAUCAAUGUAGACAAGGUACUUGGCUUUCGUGAGAAACUAGACGUUGGCCCUGCCAGGAAUUCGUUGAGAUUGGACACAAAGAUCAAGGAUGCAGACAACACUUUCUAUGAUGCUGGUUUUGUGUAUUUGUCUGAUUCACCGACUUUCGCUGUUCCUGAACCACCACGUGGUAAUAACAGGUCAUCGUCUUGGAACAUCCCACCGCCGUUCUGGAUUGAUUCGCGGAUCAGGCAGCCGUUUUGGCCUGUAAGGAUCGGACGAUCACUUCGACGCCAAGUUCCAGGAAAUCGUCAGCAGGCAGGAUUACAGCAAACCUUAACAAAGUCCAAACAACAACAGGGCCAAGAACUUGAAACAUGGCUUUGGACAGAGGAAACUGUAAGUAAAUCAAACAGUGAAAGGAUAAUCACAGCUCGAGUCCCUGAUUCAAUCACCUCGUGGCAUCUCAGUGCUUUUGCAAUGUCGUCGACACAUGGCAUGGGCGUGGCCGAACCUUCUUCUCUCACCGUCWCUCGACCUUUCUUCGUGUCGGUUACAGCACCUUAUGCAGUAGUUCGCGAMGARAAAGUCAGCAUUGUGACAAGAGUGUUUAGCUACAUGAAGACAUGUGCAACAGUUGUUAUACAGUUAAAACCAACAAACGAUUUCCAACUGAUUUCGACCAAUAAUCAAAGGCUCUGUAUUUGUGGUGACGAGGCCAAGAGCGUAAAUCACGUGAUCAAACCGACUAAAGUUGGUAAAGUAUCUCUCACUGUCACAGUGAAGAACGUGGCUCCCAGUCUGUGCAAGAAUCCAUCUCAAGAGCCCUCCCUUGGGAUAUCAGAUUCUGAAACUCGAGUGCUUCGUGUUGAGGCUGAGGGAGAUGGUCAAGAAUAUACCUACAGUGAUAUGGUGUGUCCUGGWGGAAAAUAUGAAGACGAGAUUAAACUUGACUUGCCAAAAGAUGUUGUACCAGAGUCGAUUCAUGCAACUUUCUCCGUUUCUGGUGAUGUAAUGGGUCCAACUUUAAAGGGUUUUGAAAAGAUUAUUAAGCUACCUACCGGUUGUGGAGAACAGAAUAUGGUUAAUUUCGCUCCAAACAUCUAUGUCAUGCAAUACUUGAACAGUACUAAUUUAGCGGUUGACGACAUCAUGAAAAAAGCUGCAGGUUUCCUCACAACAGGUAAAACAUAACGAGAACUUUUUACAUUUUAACAAUAGAAACUGAAUUG